ACUCGCACACGCACACGCAGAGACACACAUAUAUACAACAUUUGAAAAGGGGAGGAAAACGAAAACCCAUUUCUAGAUUUCAAAUACUACACACGACCGUUUCCUCAUGUUGUUCAUUUUUUUCUUCCGUCUUUUAUUAUUAUGAGUCUGCUUUUCUGUCACUUUCAUCCUGUUUUUCCUCGUCUGAUUCUUCCUUCUUCUUUAUUAACCCCCCAAAAAAUCACCGAAUGAUUUAGAAUUCGUCAAUGCGAUUAGUUUCCUUUGGUGGGCUUUGUCCAAGUUUCUCUCUUUGAUUACCUUCCUUAUGUGUGAAUAUAUGGUCAGAUUUUGAUUAAUUUUGUGCCUUAAUUUAUCAUAUAUUUGAGCGAAUUUCCCCAAAACUUUCACACUUUAAUUGUACCCUUUUUUUAGUGGAUUUAUUAUAUUCUUGUUUCACUCCAAAUUUUUCAUAAAUUGUUUCUUUAUGUUACAAUUGUUCUUUUAGAUGUUCAACAAGGAUUAGAUAUUAGAUUCAGAGAUGGGAAAUAACUGUGUGAGUUCAAGGGCUAUGAAAGAUGGGCUAUUUCAAUCAGUUUCCAAUUCAAUUUGGUGGCCUAAAUCCUCCUCAGAUUGUUUGUUUUUCCAUACUGGUAAAGAAAUCACAAGUACUCAGGAUCAAUCAGAUUCAGAACCUCAAAAAAUUGUCCAAAACAAACCCCCAGAAAUACUAAAGAUUGUCAAGGAUUAUGAUGAUGAGAAACCAUUUGAACCCACAAAAGUCAUUGUAGAGAUUUCACAAGAAAAGUCCAAGGAAGAGACUAAACCAAGAGAACCCAUUAGAGAACUGGAAUCGGCAAAGCCGACAACACGGCCGAAAAAGCCUCACAAUGUCAAGAGAUUGGCGAGUGCAGGGCUCCAGGCAGAGUCAGUUUUGCAGACCAAAACUGGUCAUCUUAAGGAGUACUACAAUUUAGGUCAUAAGUUGGGGAGUGGCCAAUUUGGGACCACUUUUCUUUGUGUGGAGAAAGGGACUGGGAAGGAAUACGCUUGCAAGUCGAUCGCCAAGCGAAAGCUGCUCACCAAUGAUGAUGUGGAUGAUGUGAGAAGGGAGAUUCAGAUAAUGCAUCACUUGGCAGGGAAUUCGAAUGUCAUAUCGAUCAAGGGGGCUUAUGAGGAUGCCGUUGCGGUCCAUGUUGUGAUGGAAUUGUGUUCAGGUGGUGAGCUUUUCGAUAGGAUUGUGAAGCGCGGUCAUUACACCGAAAGAAAGGCGGCUCAGUUGACAAGGACUAUUGUUGGUGUCAUAGAAGCCUGCCACUCUUUGGGGGUAAUGCAUCGCGAUCUUAAGCCCGAGAAUUUCCUUUUUGUCAAUGAGGAGGAGGAUUCACCACUUAAGGCUAUAGAUUUCGGAUUAUCCGUAUUCUUCAAGCCAGGGGAGGUAUUUAGCGAUGUGGUAGGAAGCCCAUACUACGUCGCGCCGGAAAUUCUGUGCAGGCGAUAUGGUCCAGAAGCCGAUAUUUGGAGCGCUGGGGUGAUUGUAUACAUUCUCUUACGUGGGGUUCCUCCAUUUUGGGCUGAAAACGAACAUGACAUAUUUGAAGAGGUCUUGCAUGGUGAUCUUGACUUCUCAUCAGAUCCUUGGCCUAGUGUCUCCGACAGUGCAAAAGAUUUAGUCAAGAAAAUGCUACAUAGAGACCCUAAAAAGCGGCCAACUGCUCAUGAAGUUCUCUGCCACCCUUGGGUUCAAGUUGAUGGAGUGGCACCAGACAAGCCCCUUGAUUCCGCGGUCUUAAGUCGCUUGAAGCAGUUUUCUGCAAUGAACAAACUUAAAAAAAUGGCUCUCAGAGUCAUUGCCGAGCAUCUCUCCGCCGAAGAAAUUGCGGGCUUGAAAGAAAUGUUUAGAAUGAUAGACACCGACAAUAGUGGCCAAAUUACUUUUGAAGAACUUAAAGAUGGAUUGAAAAGAUUUGGUGCUAAUUUAAAUGAGUCUGAAAUUUAUCAGCUUAUGCAGGCAGCAGAUGUAGAUAAUAGUGGCACAAUUGACUAUAAAGAGUUCAUAGCCGCAACAUUGCAUAUAAAUAAAGUUGAUAGGGAAGAUCAUCUGGUAGCAGCUUUCUCAUAUUUUGACAGAGAUGGCAGUGGCUACAUCACUCAAGAUGCGCUUCAACACGCCUGUGAGGAGUUUGGCAUUGAGGAUUUCCACUUGGAAGAAAUUAUCCGAGAAGCUGAUCAGGAUAAUGAUGGUCGAAUAGAUUACAAUGAAUUCGUAGCCAUGAUGCAGAAAGGCGAUGCUGAUUUGGGUAAGAAGAGUCUAAAGACUAGUAGUUUUAGUGUUGGAUUUAGGGAGCCACUGCCUGUUUGUUAAUAUAGAACACCUUUUCUAUUAUUAAAAAAAAAAAGGAAAGAAAAGGAAGGAAAAAAAUUCUUUUUUUUUUUUGUGAAUCUAUACAGCUUUAGCCUAUCCAAUCAUCUCAUUUACGAAGUGUUUCGAUUAAAUUU